AAGCAUCUCCGCCGGUUGCAGCGGAACCUUGGCACGUCUUGCUCAACGUCCGAUUCGUCAGAUGAUUCGACCUCCACUUCCGAUGAUGCCUCCUUCGAGGAGAAUAUAGAACCGGAGUUUGACGUGACAAAAUUCAUGCUCUGGGAGAGGUACGUCAAGCAAUCGGAGCAGAGCGUUCAAAAGGGGAACGCGGAGAAGAAUGUUGAGAUCGAAGCUGUUGCUGACGAGAAGAGGAAGAUUGGGAUUGCCAUGAACAAGGGCGGGGGGAGUGGGAAAGAGAUUCCUGUGCUGGGACUGGGGGCUAUCAGCGGCGAUCAUAGGAGUACCGUUGUGACCGGCAAGACAGGGAGGGAAGGGCCGAGGUUUCGGGACCUUGGUGGGAUG